AUGUCUCAAAAAAAGACCGUCUACAUCGGCCCAUUUAUCCAAUGCAAGACACUCACGGAUCUAGAUAUCUGUCCCAAUGGCAUGAUCGGCGUCGAUGAGGGCGGCAGAAUUGCUUUUGUGCUACGAGACGAGCGAGGUAGAAAAAUCCCAGAAGGCGAUGGUUGGGAAGAUGCAAAGAUCGUGCGUAUACAAGACCAUGGUUUCUUCUUCCCUGGCUUCAUUGACACGCACAUCCACGCCCCCCAAUAUCCCAACGCCGGCAUCUUCGGCAAAUCCACCCUCCUCGACUGGCUCAACACCUACACCUUCCCGCUCGAAUCCUCCUUCGCUGACCUGGCCACCGCAUCCCGCAUCUACAACCGUGUCGUCGCCCGCACCUUAUCCCACGGCACCACGACUGCCUGCUACUACGCCACCGUCCACGUCCCGGCCACGAACCUCUUGGCCGACAUCUGCCAGACCCGCGGGCAGCGGGCGUUCGUCGGGCGGGUGUGUAUGCAUGAGAUGAGCCCGGAGUACUACCGGGAUGAGAGCGUUGAGACUGCGCUUCGGGAUUCGAAAGCCUGCAUCGAGCACGUGCGGAAGAUUGAUCCGGAGUUCGACCUUGUUACGCCGAUUAUUACGCCACGCUUCGCACUUUCGUGCAAUACUGAGUCUCUCGCCGCUCUGGGGAAGCUGCAUCGGGAGUUGGAUCUGCCGGCGCAAACGCAUAUCUCGGAAAAUCCUCGUGAAUGCGACCUCGUCCGCGACCUCUUCCCGGAGAGCAAGUCGUACGCUGACGUGUACGAAUCCGCCGGCCUGCUGACGCCCAAAAUGAUUCUUGCGCACGCGAUCCAUCUGACUGAAGAGGAGACAGCACUGAUCAGAGCCCGCGAUGCCAAGAUCAGCCACUGUCCUGCCAGCAACACCGCUCUAACUUCGGGCCGCGCCAAAGUACGCAAAAUGCUCAAUGCAGGCUUGAACUUGGGCUUGGGCACGGAUGUGAGCGGUGGCUAUACCUCCUCCAUUCUUGCCGAAGCGCGGGAGGCUGUGUUUGUGUCUCGGCACGUGGCGAUGGACGAAGGAGACGAGGCGAAGCUGAGCGUUGAGGAGGCGCUGUAUCUUGCCACCCGCGGGGGAGCCAAAGUCGUUGGGCUCGAAGACCGGAUAGGUGGAUUUGAGGUCGGUAAGAUGUGGGAUGCACAAAUGAUUGGAUUGGAAGCCGUUGGGCCUGAGACGACGGAACUGGACCAGAGCGCGGGACCAGUGGAGGUGUUUGGGAAGGAGACUUGGGACGAUCUGGUCGCGAAGUGGGUGUAUACUGGUGACGAUCGGAGCACCACUGCAGUGUGGGUCGGUGGCAGACUGGUGCACGCGAAGGAGGGCUUCAGAUUGUGA